GUAAAGGAAGUACACUCUUCAGAGCUAAGUUGCACAUUCACUGCACGAGUGACAGCAUCUUCAGAGUCACUGUGUGCCAGACACUCAGCUCUUUCCAAUAAAAAAUGGAUGGAAAAGCAGAUGUGAAGUCUCUCAUGGCGAAGUUCAACACAGGGAGUCAUCCGACAGAGGAAAUCUCAGCCAACAACCGGCCCUUCAAAAUCACAGGGCAAAACUCAACUUCAGGAAUACAAGCCAGAAAAACCUUAUUCAACAACCAAGGAGAUGCAGCCCCUCCCACAGGACCCGGCACCGUGCCCAAGUUCGGGACCCAAAAGCCACCUUUGCCAAUGAAACCUACUACUGAGGAAAAGCCUGACAAGGAACCCAAACCCCCAUUUUUAAAGCCUAGUGGAGGAGGCCCAAGAUUUGGAACACUGGCAAACCCAGCCGCCAGAGAACCUGAGGUGAAAGUGGGAUUUCUGAAACCUGUAGGCCCCAAGCCCAUCCAUGUGCCCAAAGAAGAACCCAAACCUGUGUUUCCCCGGCCUGUGGGGAAUAAGCUGUCAUUUCACAGUGGGAGCCAAGACCAAGACUUAAAGGCACCGGGCUCCAAGCCAGCGCCUCCUCUUCCAGCUGCAGAAAAUGAACAAAAGCAAGCGUUCCCAAAGUUGGCUGGAGCUAAAAGCAAAUUUAUGUCGGCAUCACAAGAUGCUGACCCCAAGCCCCUCUUCCCUAAACCUGCUUUUGGCCAGAAGGCACCCCUGAGUCCUGAGGAAGCGCAGGAAGAUGACAGAGCCGCCAAGAAAGGACCCCCAGGACCUCCGGGAGUCAAGUCCAAAGUGGGCCCUUUAAAGCCAGGAAGGGAAGAUCCAGAAAACAAGGACCACGGGGCGGACACAUCAAGUUCACCAUUUCCUGGAGUGGUUCUGAAACCUGCUGCAAGCCGAGGCAGCCCAGGACUGUCUAGAAAUGGCGAAGCAAAGAAAGAAGAUCGGAAGAUAGAUGCUACCAAGAACAUUUUCCUGAGCAAAAUGCACCAGGAGGAAGCAGCCUUGGGGCCUUCUCCUGCCAAGUGUCUUAAGGCCCCUUCCAAGCCGCCAGUGGGGAAGCCAUGGGUUCAAAGCCAAGACAAGGAGAAGGGAGACAAGAACGCUACAGCCCCAAGGCAGAAGCGAUUGCCUCCCUUGUCUAGCUUGGGGCCACCUCCGCCCAAGCCUAGCCGACCACCCCAAGUCGACCUGACAAAAUUCCGAAAAGCUGAUUCUGCAAACAGUACCAGCAAAGGCCAGAUGCCUUACUCCACAACUUCCCUGCCCCCAACUCCACCGGCCCACCCAGCCAGCCAGCCACCACUACCACCAGCUCACCCAACACAAUCACCACUUCCAAGCCUCCCUCCCAGAAACAUCAAGCCUUCCUUUGACCUAAAAAGCCCUGUAAAUGAGGAAAAUCAAGAUGGCAUCAUGCACUUUGAUGGUACUGGAAAUCUGGAAGAGGAACAAGAGAGUGAAGGAGAAACAUAUGAAGACAUAGAAGCUUCCAAAGAACGGGAGAAGAAACGGGAGAAGGAGGAAAAGAAAAGAUUAGAACUGGAGAGGAAGGAGCAGAAAGAGAAAGAAAAGAAAGAACAAGAGUUAAAGAAGAAAUUUAAACUAACAGGCCCUAUUCAAGUCAUCCAUCAUGCAAGGGCUUGCUGUGAUGUCAAAGGGGGAAAGAAUGAGCUAAGCUUCAAGCAAGGAGAGGAAAUAGAAAUAAUCCGCAUCACAGAUAACCCUGAAGGAAAGUGGUUGGGCAGAACAGCAAGAGGGUCAUAUGGUUACAUUAAAACAACUGCAGUGGAAAUUGACUAUGACUCUCUAAAACAGAAGAAGAACUCGCUUGGUCCUCUUUCAUCAAGACCUAUUGAGGAUGACCAGGAAGUAUAUGAUGAUGUGGCAGAACAGGAUGCUAAUAACAGCCACAGUCACAGCAGGAAUGGAGGGGUAAUCCCAUCUCCUCCAGAGGACAUUUACGAUGGGAUAGAAGACCAAGAUGCCGAUGAUGGUUCCACACAACAGGAUGAAGAGAAGAAUAGCACGUGGUCCUGGGGGAUUUUGAAGAAGUUAAAGGGAAAAGAUGACACAAAGAAAAGUGUUCGAAAGAAACCUAAAGUCUCUGAAUCAGACAAUAAUGAAGGUUCAUCUUUCCCAUCUCCUCCUAAACAACUGGACAUUGGAGAAGAAGUUUAUGAUGAUGUGGAUGCCUCUGAUUUUCCUGCUCCACCAGAAGAAAUGAUUCAAGCAAUCAACAUUGGAAAGUCCAAAACAGAAGAAAAAGACCCUAAGAAGCUAAAAAAGCAGGAAAAGGAAGAAAAAGACCUUAGGAAAAAAUUUAAAUAUGAUGGUGAAAUUAGAGUUCUAUAUUCAACCAAAGUUGUACCCUCCUUAACUUCUAAAAAAUGGGGAGCGAAGGACCUACAGAUAAAACCUGGAGAAUCUCUUGAAGUUAUACAAAACACAGAUGACAUAAAGGUUCUCUGCAGGAAUGAAGAAGGAAAAUAUGGCUUUGUCCUUCGGAGUCAUCUGCUGGACAGUGAUGGAGAGAUCUAUGAUGACAUUGCUGAUGGUUGCAUCUAUGACAAUGACUAGCCCUCGGAUCUGUUCACCCUGCAAUGUUCAUCAGGUGCCAACACAAAGUCUGAUUUUAAUUGGCAUAUGUUAUUGGUAUUAUGGGAGAGAAAUCCACAAAUGGUGUUUUGCUGUUUACUAUGAAAUUCGGUUUAUCUUUAUAAGGUUUUGAAAUUUUAAUCUUAGAAGAAGAUAUCUGCUUAAUCGGUAUCUCAAAAGGUUACGUUAGUGUCAGGUAAGAACUAUUUCACUUUGGUAAUGAUUAUAAAGAUGCUCUUAAUAAUACCAUUAAUAGACAAUCUCACAAGCCUUCUAAAAUAAAAGAAAGGGAAAAAAAGAGGAAAAAGUUGGACUGUCACAAAAUAUACAAGACAGAAAAAAAUAUCAAGGAGGAAAUUUUAAAAAACAUUCCUCAAGAA